GCAUUGUAACCUUGGCUUCCCAAUGUCGCCAAGACAUCCCCUGCACAGACCUCUAGCAGGUUCUCAGGUUCCAUAUUUUCCAAAUAAUUAUUCUGUCAGACUUGGAGAGGAGCUCAACAGUUUUUAGUUUCAAGCGAAGUUAGUAAAAGGAGCCAGGAAACUUUGUCAUCACCUUCCCCAGAUCAUAUCACGGAGGUUUCAACUGUGGCUUAAAUUGUGCAGAAGCAGUCAACUUUGCUCCUGCUGAUUGGCUUCCUCAUGGAGGUUCCGACUGAAUUUGAUAGCAAAGUAACACCUUACCUAAUGAAGGAAUUGCUCCGUGUUUACAAUAAAGAGAAAAGUUGGAGAGAUGACUUUGGAGAAAUGGCAUUGUGCGGUCUUCCUUAAUGUCGCCUCGGGAGCAGCCUCAGUAUGUGGGUGUCGAAGAGCACUGGAAGGACCUUUGUGAAUGCAAAGCAAAUAAACAUUGCCUCCUUUACCGUCAUUCACUAGCAGAGUUAAAUAAUUUAAUUCUUAAUGCUGCUGGGAGGGGUGACUACACAGAGGCUACCCAAAAUAAAAUUUACAGAAACAGCAACUCCAUUUGCUUGAUAUUGGUACAUUGUCAAAAAAGGAUUAAGGAGAGGGAAAUACUUCUCCAAAUCGUUGAAAAAACUGAAUUAUGCAGAACACGCUUAACAGAAGUAGCUGAUAGAGUCUUGGCGCAUGUUGACAAGGAUCUCGAUGUAGUGGCUGAAAAGCUUUCCACGGCAUUAAAGGCAGUUGAAGCUGCAGGAGUGUAUGACCAUGAUAGCAAGUGCAAAUUUGAGAUGGCUUUAGCAAGGAAUUCAUGGAGAGUCAGAGCCCAGAAACUGUUAGAAUCUUCGCUGAAGCCUACAGUUCAACAGAUUCAACGUCAUUUAAAGGAGGGUUCUGCCAUCAGCAUACCAUUGAAAGAUUACUUCAGGGAGACACUUAUUGAAGUGAAGCAUCGCUCCGUGCAAUGGGUCGAUACGGCUAAGAAGGUUUUGGUGGAUUCUGGGGAACUUGAGUUGGAUAAAGUUUAUGACCUAAUAAUGGAGGGGAAUGAUUUGCUUGUUGAAGUUGAAAAAGAACUCAAGCUAUUGCAAGAUAGAAGUAUGCUCUACUGCAUAUGUCGAAAGCCCUAUGAUCAGAGAGCAAUGAUUGCUUGUGAUAAAUGGUAUCAUUUUGAUUGCAUCAAGUUAACUUCACCACCAAAGGUUUACACUUGCCCUGCAUGUAAGCUGGACAAUGAAUAUUUGUCUUCGUCACUAUCAUCAUCGCAGGAGAGAAUCUUCGCAGAAACAACCGAAGGAGGCACCAUCACUUGGCAUGAGGAGAGAUGAGCUAUCUAGACAGCAUGUCAGAGCUCUCAAUACUCAGUUUGCGAGGUCCCUUUUUUUUUUUCUAUUGCAGCAUACCUACCUUCUGUUCAAGUCAGUGGUAGGCUGCAUUAAAUAUUUGAAUUAGUUUGUUUAGGAAUUUUUUCGCAGUUGUAGCAAUGCGUAUAUCCUUAAAUAUGUGAUCUAUAUUACUUAUUCAGUAUGAGGCAAGUCAUGGUAGUACUGAGCCUCCUUUGUUAGGUAUGUGGCGUGUAAUAUUUUUCUUCAAAUGUAUAGAUUUUGUUCUUUUAAUUUCUUUAAUAUUAUUGAAGAUUGAAUUAAGAUGGGUUCUCGAAUUGACCGUGAUUGCACUAUUGAGCUAAACUGGCGGAUCUUAGUUCCUCAAUUUUUUACUAGCGUACUCUGAGUCGUUUCCGUGAAUUUGUAUUAUCUAUUUUGUCAUCUGUCAUCCAUGUUUACCUAUGUGUCCUUAAACAGCUGGGUCCAAACACAGUUCCAAAAUCACCCGGAUGAGCUUUGGGAAGAUGGAAUCCAAGACUAUAUUAAUCAUGAUUCAUGCCUCAAACAUAAUGCAGGUAAAGUUUAGUGAUGUUGUUGACUGGCUUAAGGUGAAGUCUGCUCCGGACACCCAAACUGCUCCAAAUAAGCUUCUUAAAGAGAACAAUAAGACUUCGUUCUUCGGGAUUCCUCCGGCUAGUACAACUGCAAGCUUUGCUAUGUCAUGGAGCAAUCCCAGUCAAAACAAUAUCGUUUCAGAGAGUAAGGAUAAUAACGAGAUAAAGAAAAUGCCAGAGAAACCUGGAUUUGCUUCUUCUGGGGCUAGUGCAGGCUUCCCUGUGUCCUGGGGAAAUCCGGUUCAGAACAAACUUUUUUCUGAAAUUAAGGAUACAAACCAGAGGGAAUCAUCGGAAAACACUGGGAGUAGCCCUGCUGCUGUCAGUUCAGCCUUUGGGAUAACAUGGGGGGCUCCUGUUUUAAAUAAGCCUGCUUCCGAAGAUAUUAACGGUAAUGGGGUGAAACUGUUCCUCGAGAAACCAGGAAUCAUUGCAGCCAGUGGUACAACUCCAAGUUUUGGAACUUGAUGGAGCUCUGCACCUAUCUUUGGUAGUCAGACUUCAUUUUUAUUUGGAAAUCAAAACCCAGCUCCUGUAAACCAUAAUAUUUCAAAUGACAUUGAGGGCGGCGGCGAGAUAUAAAUCCUUUCUAAUAGCACUUUUUCGUAUUUAUAUCAGUGUAUCAAUGUUGAGUUUAUUAAUUGUAAGCAUGUUGCAUUUUCUAUUUGUUCACAAGCCCUAUCCGUGUAAAGUUAUACAGAUGUAUCAUGUAUGUGACCUACUUCUUCCCAAGAGGUCGCUUCAAUAAUCUGAGUCUAUGAAUGGCUGAUAUCAAUCUGGGUUCUGUUAGAGGCCCCUUUUUCUCC